AUGUGGAAGAGAAAGAAAAAAUGUGUGUUUGCUGGAGGAGGUCUGGAGGGUUGGGAGGAUUCAAGUGAAACAGAAGGAUGUGAUUCUUCCACAAGUUCUGGAUCACCUCCUUGUCAACGGUCAACAACAACAUCAUCACUGCCUGCUUCUCGUUCAUUAUGUUCAUCAAUCCAGCCUACUGGAACAUCCAUUAUACCCAGCUUGUAUCCUCAUAUACCACAACUCCCCUUUCCAUUCCUUGGAAUUUUCCAUAAUCCGUUUAUAAAUUCUUUUCUUAACUUCAGACAACCGCCUCUAUGCUCUUCAGAGCAGAUUCCGGGAAUAGGUCCGUCUUCAGAGCAAGCAAGGAAGCUUGUGCGGAGCCCUAAUGUUCCUCCAAGCAUAUCUGGAUCUUCUACCACCACUGGUCAACCGCCUUUGUACGCUUCAGAACAGAUCUCAGGCUUAGGUCUAUCUUCAGAACAGCUAAGGCAGAUUACACCAAGCACUGUAAAUGUUCCUCCAAGCAUGUAUGGAUCUUCUACAAUUACUGGUCAAUCGACUUUGUACGCUUCGGAACAGAUUCCGGGCUUAGGUCUAUGCUCAGAGCAGCUAAGAAAUCUUGCACCUAGUAUUACUGCUGCUCCAAGCAUACAUGGAUCCUCUUCCACUUCUGGUCAACUGCAUUUAUGCUCUUUGGAACAUAUAAGGAAGCUUGUGUCAAGUCCGAAUGUUUCUCCAAGCAUAAGUGAAUCUCCUACCACCACCACUCAAUCGACUUUGGAACAGAUUCCGGGCUUAGGUCUAUCUGCAGAGCAACUCAGAAAGCUUGCACCAAGUACCAUGGCUGCUCCAACCGUAAACAGAUCCUCUACCAUGUCAAUCAAUGGCCAACCUAAUUCAACCCUAAAUCUAUUUGAUCAAGAAUCAGUCUUUAGAGUUAACCAUGCUGAAGAAUUGAAUCCUUUGAUUCCUGAAUUGAUUUCAAAAGCAUCAGCAUUUAAUAGAUUCAGAUCUGCAACUACUAGGAGUUCCAUUGAUUCAGGUGAAACCAAUGAGACUUCUUUGCUAAAUCCCCAUAUAUAUUUAAAUGGGGAAGAUGCCACUGCUAAAAAGUCAAUUACAUGUCACCCAAGCAUCAGGUUUCCAACAAGCUUCACUUUCCUUGAUCAGAAUCUUCUUUCAUUCCACAAAAAGAUCUCUUCGUCCAUCUGCACAAGCACUUCUUCUUCAGGAUCAUCAGUACAGUCUUCAACACUCUUUCAGGAUAUUUUAAACCAGAAUCCAUCCAACCAUCACAAUGUACACACACUCCAGCCUCCAUCAGCCCCCCGCCAACACACAACCUCCCUCGAGACUGGUGGCCGCCAUCUUCCACAGAUUUCCCGCCAAAAUUUGAAAAAAUCCGCUAAAACGGCUAAUGGUGGCGGCCAUGUUGAAAAUGAGGGAAACAGACUCAAGUCAAAAUCCUGCAACCAUUUGGUUUCGGAAUCAGAUUUUUUAUGUGAUAAAAUAGAACCACGAACCGGUGAUCUACCAUCCGACAUUCCGAAUCCGGAUAAUAUUAUGAAAAUUGGUUCGGAUCCAACCAACAAAAAUCAUCCAUUAUCUGUGGCGCAACUGAUCGCUUCUAGUCCCAACCUAAACAGCUGGUGAUAUAUUUUAUAUUUAAAAUUAGUUUGAAAUUACGUGCGCUCAAAAAAAAUUUCGCGCCUCCGAAAAAUAAAGAUAUAUUAAGAUUUCACUUCUUGCACAGCUAUAAGGUUGUUUUCCUGUAAAUAUUCCCGUCUUACAAUUAGAAUUUCAAUGUAAAAUAAAUUUAAUUGCGCUCAACCAUAUUUUUAAACCUUUUUUAAAAAGGUGCCGAACAAUUGUUCCCAGCCCUGUUUUAUACAUUUUUAUGUGAUUUUUAGUUUUUAAAUACGUUUCUCGGUUUAAUACCAGGUUUUACUUUCUUGUUUUAUGAUUUCCCUGAUAUUUGGGGGAUUUUAUGAGAUAAAUUAAAAUUGAAACCCUUUGAAAUCCGAUAGGGCGGGAAGCAAGGGGUAGGUAGGGUUGCUAUUGUUUAAUUAAGCUGAAGACAGACAACAUACAGACAGAUAAACAUACAGACAGACAAACUAAAUGACAAAUAACAAGUAGACUGAAAGACAUUGAAUAAUGAUUAUUGACAGUAUAAAAACUUUUAUUAAUAAUAUACAGUAUUUCUUAAUGGACAAGAUGUAUGACACGACAAGACAAUAUUAGACAGUAUUUCUAAAUGGACAAGAUGUAAAAUAGACAUUACAAAUAUUAGAAAAGAUAUCUUUUUAGGACAAUAUGUAUAAUAGACAAGACAAUAUUAUACAUUAUUUCUUAAUCGAAAAGUUAUAUAAUAGACAAGACAAUAUUAGACAGAAUCUAUUAAUGGACAAGAUGUAUAAUAGACAAGACAAUAUUAGACAGCAUUUCUGAAUGGACAAGAUAUAUAAUAGACAAGGCAAUAUUAGAAAGAAUCUAUUAAUGGACAAGAUGUAUUAUAGACAAGACAAUAUUAGACAGAAUCUAUUAAUGGACAAUAUGUAUAAUAGACAAGACAUUAUUAGACGAAUUUAUUAAUGGACAAGAUGUAUAAUAGACAAGACAAUAUUAGACGAAUUUAUUAAUGGACAAGAUGUACAAUAGACAAGACAAUAUUAGACGAAUUUAUUAAUGGACAAGAUGUAUAAUAGACAAGAAAAUAUUAGACAAGACAAUAUUAGACAAAAUUUAUUAAUGGACAAUAUGUAUAACAGACAAGACAAUAUUAGGCAGUUUUUAUUAAAGCACAAGAUGCAUAAUAGACAAAAAUGAGAGACAGGUAUAUUGUCCGACAAAAAAGCUUUAGGCAAAUAUCUGUUUAAAAAGACAGCAUUGACAAAAUUUAGAAAGGAUAGACAAGAGACAUUUUAAGACCUGAUAGUAAAAACUGUUAUUUAGUCCGGAUUCGUAUAAUGAUAUAGCUGAAUUAAAAAUUCAUUUUAUUUAUUUUCUUAUUUUUAUUUAUUAUUUUUUUAUUUCUCCCAGCAGCAUAUAGUGUAAACUGUACAGCCGUAUGCAACAGCAGCAAAUGUCCAAAUUAGAAAAACUAAAUGAGAAAAAGUUUUAAAUUUUUCAAAUAAAUUAGAAAAAAAAAAUACUUUUUAGUUACCUGCAAUGCAUGUACAUUAUACUGGGAUACUAAUGUAAGCAAAAAGUACAAAAUAAACCCAUGCCCUAGUGCACUUGAGUACACUUCGGACCAAUUUGACAUAAAAAACAUACACAAAGUUGCACGAGAUGUUUAGCAAGCCAAAUUGGUCCAGAUUCUCGAAUUUGCUAUCAAUUAAUAAUAAGCUGAGGUUUUGUAAGAAAGGGGGGGGGGUGAAAAAAAGAAUAAAAAAUAUAGCAACAUUUUGCAUCUAAUUAUUUGUACUAUUCUAGAUUUGUUAAAAUAUAUUACAUAUUUAAACCUUGUACCGUAUUAAUAUGUGCUGUUCUAAUCAUGUACUGGACUGCACUGCUGCUGCUAUUAUUGUUCUUGUUUAAAUAUAGAUUGUUGUUGUUUACAAAUUA